UGGAGUCUCCUUAUAUCUUACUUCAUGGAUCUAGCAUAUACGUGCCAUAUUCUAACCCAAAAACAGAUUUUGUACGAAAAUUUAUAAGUUUUUUGUCAAAAAAGUUGAAAAACAAUUUGAAGACAUUUCAUUUCAAUAUAAAAGAAAGAUUAUGCGUGAAUACCGCUUUUGCAAAAUUUAUAGGAAGUAAUUAAUUUGUGACAAAUCUUGCUUAAUAAUCUAUUAGGAAAAAAAUGUGUUCAUUAAACGAUUGCAGAUAUAAUGAUGACAAUGAAACACCUAAUAAUGCUAAAGACGCAGUAAUGAAUGCAACUCAAUGUAGAAAAUGCAGAUUUGAAGAUGUUGAUGUUUUGCUAGUUGGUCAAAGUGGUUACUGCAAAACAUGCUUUCUGACUGUUACAAAUCACAAGUUUCGAGCUGCGCUUGGUAAAUCUAAGAUUAUUCGCCAUGGUGAUUUGAUAUUGAUUGAUCAUUCUGGUGAAUUAAAUGCCACUGUACUUUUACAUCUCAUUAGAGCGGGUAUGAGUGAGUCAGCUCAUAAGAAGCUUAUCUUUAAGAUAAUAGUUUUGUAUAUAGAUGAUAGUGUUGUAAUGGGAAGGACAAAUGAAGAAAGGAAUACUCUGCAACAUAAAAUUGCUGAGGAAAUAAAGGAUUAUGGAUUCAAUGGUUAUGUUGUAUCGUUGAGUCAAGUGUUGAGCAAGGAGGAUAUUUUAAGUAUAAUACCAAUAGAUCAACAACAAAUAAACAAUGAAAAUGAUGAUCAAUUAUAUACAAUAUUGGCCAAUCUAUCAGAUGAAACCUCAAGAACGGAUUUACUCAGCCAAUUACGUCGAAGAUUGCUGCUAUCAGCAGCUCGAAAACUCAAUUGUAAUAAAGUGUUCAUAGCAGAUUCAGCUAUGGACAUUGCCACGAAAGUUCUUGGAGAUAUAUGUUUAGGACGUGGUGCGCAACUUUCUGUGCUCGCAAACUUCUGCGAUACUCGGUGCACCGAUGUCAAGAUACUCAAGCCGCUGAGAGAUUUUACACAGCAGGAAUUAUUGUAUUAUUCAAAGUAUCAUAGAAUAGAGUCUGUUAAAUUGAGAGAAUUAAUUGUGACAAUACCGACAACAUCUAUACAGACAUUAGCAUGCAACUUUACAAUAGAACUGGAUUCUCAGUUUUCUGGUACAGUGUCCACUAUAUUUCGUACAGCUGAAAAAGUAAGCGCGAAGUUCAACGAGCAGCAAGACAUGGAAAAUAAUUGUGUGCUGUGUGACAUAAGAUUAAACUCUGUACCUUUUAGUGACGAAGUAUCCGCUAUGCGGGCGGUUGCAGUUUCUAAAUGGAUAUCUUCCAAAUGUGGUGAUACGAAGACUCUUCCUAAUGGUAAAGAAAAUGGAACAUCACAUUGCAUACUACCACAGUUAAACAACAAAGUAUGUUCUAAUGGCGAAUGUGAUUGUAAGAAAAGUAAAGAAAUACAAUUAACUGACGAAGACAUUUGGAGAUGUCUUUGUUACAGUUGUGGACAGAUAUUUCGGAAUUCAGAGAUUUUAAAUACUUUUCCAGCAUCAUUACUGUUUGAAGUCCAACAAAGAAUGGCUUUAAAAAACAUGAGAGAAGAAAUCAACGAUUUUUUAUUAUGAACCAAUAGAAAAAUCAAAUAGUAAUGUUAUCUCUAGUUACAAUUUUUUAAAUUAAAUGAGAUAAAAAAAUGCUAAAAUUUUUAAUAUUAAUAUCUUUGAGCUAAUUAUGAAAUACAUUUAACAUAAAAGACGGUCAAUCAUGCGAUAUUUUUUCAUCUCGAUUAAAGCUGUUCAUAAGCUGUAAUAUUGAAUUACUUUAUCUCGUCACAAUCUUAUAGACUGUAUGACUGGACAUUUCUAACAUAUUUCCCUCUGUCAACAUACGAAAAUACCAAGUCAAAGAUUACUUAGACCAGAUGCUGUGGAACCGGGGAGACAGAGGGGGCGACCGCCCACCCAGAGAUAAUUCAGGGGGGGGGUGUAGCCCCCCCUGAAAUUUUUCUGUUUUUUUUUCUAGGUAUUUCAUGACCGAAAAUAUUGAGUAUCAGAUAUUUACAUCAAAGGUGAAAAAAUGGGUUAUUUUUCUUUUCUUUUCUUUUUUUCCUUCUUUUUUCUUUCUUUUUUUUGAUUAUUUAUUCGUUCAAUUGAAGUACACUACAUAACGAAGAAAAUUAAGCGCAUUAAGUUAAUUAGAACAAAAUACCUGUGCAUAUUUUUUGCAUAUUUAUACUACCCACUGAGCGGCCUAUUAUAUAUAUGAUGUUUGAAUGGAGUUAUAUACAUCUACAUAUUAUGAAUGUAUUAUGUAUCCCCUUUAUAAAUUUUGCCCCCUUAGAUGAAAAAUACUUCCGCGGCGCCUGACUUAGGCUAAGAAGCCUAUCAUUUAUGCCACAGUUGCAGAUAAUUAGCACUAAGCGAUAAUGUCAAUGUUUGUUGCGCAUUAGAAAACAUACCGCUUCUUUGAAAAGAUGAAUUAUCAUCAGCAUAAUAUAUUAUUCUAUUUUUCCUAAAAUUUUAGUUUGUUUAGUUUGUGUAGAUGUGCAUUUCUUUUACGGGCUGUGUGACAAAUCGACGUCUUUGCAUAAAUAGUGAAAGAAAUGUAUAAUGUAUAUAUGUAUAUAUGUAUUUAUUAUUUGCAGAACAAUAUAAUAAAAACAAAU